GAGAGAGAGAGAGAGAGACGCACGAGAUAUUGCUAAAGAAUCGCUAAGAACAAUGACAGGGAUGAGAGGCAAGCGUCGGGUAAAAAAAGAGAGAGAAAAGAUUCCCUCUCUAUUACGGGCAAAUAAUGAGUAAAACAAGCUGUCGUAUUCUGUUGCCGCGAGCAUUACAGCGAGUAGUGAUCGUCACUCGAAGAGCGAUCGUCUGAAUCCUAAGAUAAAACCGUGAUGGCAGGGCGGCACAGUGCGCGGGAUUACGCGGAGGAGGUAAUAAUGAUGACCUACGACGGAGAGCCGAUUGUCCGAACAAUCCGAAGAGGUUCUUCUCUACACUGGGGGUUCACAAGGCGACCGUCCAGAGUAAUAAUCAGGGGUGGUCUAUCCUCGGGGAGUCAGUUGUCGUUCCUGGGCAUGGUAUUGCUGCCGGAGUAUCUGCUGUUGAAGCUGAUGGUGCUGCUGUAGCUGGAAACAGAUCCAGAUAUCUCAAGGGUAAUGCAACAUCUUUAGCUGAAAACUAGAAUAAUCAAAAGGUAUCUAAGGGUAGGGUAACCAGUUUUCGCAAGCGAAAUAUAAUCGACAAGUCACGCACACAUCUCUUCCUUCAACUGAAAUCGUCACUGAAACCAUUCCUGUCCGCGACAUAUUUUUAUCUAUCCUGCAGUAUAAUUUAUAGUAGGCACUUAUUUUUUUUUCGAUUCGCCCACGGUGAAGAAUAAAGGAGAGUUCGAUAAAAAAAAAGGGAACAAAUGGAGAUGCAGAUUUAUGCACAGAGCUUUUCAAUAUGUCUCUGAAUAAAAGCUUUUGUCGCGCACGUCGAGUGGAAAUGCGAAAGUACGCGUAGCGCUGCCGGUGCCAGCGCAAAGUUUCACGCCAGCAUGGCGCGCAUCCGACACGUUUAAUCCAAUUCACCGUGUCUCUCGAAUGUUUUUCGUUUGUCGUUCGUCGCGCACGUGGGCGACUUCGAGUCGCCUUUUCUCAGAAGGAAAUGCGUGGGCUGCUGACACAGAGACAGAGACCAAAGCGAUUUUGCCCAAUUGGUUACGUCCGCGAACAAACGGACACGCUGUCACGCGAUUCCCGUGCACGCGUUGCACCUUUUGCGAGCAGGCAUCAAAAAUCGAAUGCGAUACCGCGUCCGACUUGAAACAGGAGUUGCGUCGGUCACAAGUUUUAUAAUUAACCGGACAAGAUUCUAAAACUUGGUCGGUUACAGGCGAGACAGGAUUCUCGAUUAACAUUCCCUGAAUUGGGACCUACGUGUAACUCCCGUCUUUUAAAAGUUAGAAUAGAAGGGAACGAAGGGUCCAAUGCCCCCAUGACCUCAACACAAAAUUUGUGAGAGCAGAUCUUUAAUCAUUCUUCUUGAUCGGCCAUUCGGAGGCGACGAUGUUGAUGGUAACGUAAAUCGUUGAACUUAAAAGUCAACGCGUAUAAUUUUCAAAAUCAUUAAACCGAACUCACUUUAAAGUAAUAUUCUCAAAUACAACGCGCGAGAAAGAUUUGCAAAUACGAAACAUUCGAGUCUCUCACCGUUAAUGCGACAUGAACUAAUGAAUUUAAUAUCAGAUCGUCGAUCAGACUGACAGUUGAACAUCACUUUGUCACUAUCUGUCGCCGUCAUCAAUUCUACAUAUUAAUUAAAGCUCGUCGAUCCUGAAAUUUUCAAAUGGAUUACAAUAUAUUACCGAGGACUAUCAACAAAUUAUAUUGAAGUAUUGAAUUAACCGGCUCGAGAAGGGAAGAACUAUGAGAUGAAUUUCACCGAACAAUGCAGAGCGAGGAUCCUCGCAUUUCUUAUGCCUCCGAGCGAGGGCCCGAGCGAGGUCCCGAGCGAGGGUCCGAGCGAGGGUCCGAUCUCAGGAUGGAAAGGCGCUCUUCGGAUUACGGUGCUUGCAGUUACGGUAGGCUUCGGGAUUUAUGUCUUGUUGUUCAAAAAGAAGGAUUCAUCUAGCGGUAGGUGGAGCUUUCGAACUCGAAGGGCUCCAAUCGAGCGGACCUUAGGGACAACAAGAGGGACUCCAAUCGAGCAGACCUUACGCACAACAAGAGGGACUCCAAUCGAGCAGACCUUACGCACAACAAGAGGGACUCAAAUCGAGCCAGACGACAUUUCGAGAGACACAUUUACCGAAAUAAAAGAGCUCAGCGACGACAGAUCCAUAGUGACAUACAACGGUGAGAUUUGCCCGAUUUGCUUGGGAGUACCGAAGAUCGGCGUGAGAGCUCCCUGCGGUCAUUCGCUGUGUGCGGAAUGCCUGGCGAAUUAUUGCGAUGUUAGAAUCACACCUGCGCCACCACCCUGCCCAUUAUGCAGAGCGCCGUUAAAUUCAGUGGCCCUGACCUGCGACUUUGCCAUCCUCGGUUCCAAAAUGCUAGACCCGAACACCGUUAUGGUGGUGCAAGACUGGAUACGCGAGUACAAUAAUCAUCAAGGCAUAGUGACGUCGGUACGGCCGUUUCUGACGACGCGACUUGCUCUUUUCUUUAAUAUCUUGACUCUCUUUCUGAUUGUCGGAUUGAUCGCCGCGAGACUUCAGGUUUUUGCGGAAAUAUAAAUUUUUUAAUUCUUACUACAAAAAGGUAUUAGUGUAGUCAGCAAUAAAGAAGGAAACACGCGUUUGUCGUUACACGUCUUUUUCGAAGUAACGAAUAAUAGUAUACGCUUCGAAAAAUAUUUACCGCCGUUUAGUGUCUAAGAGUAAGAAACAAAAAAAAACGAGAGAAAUAAUAAGGCACACGAGGCAUGAUAACGAUGGCACUAAUAUCCGAUUCGACGUAUACAGAUAAUGUCUUGGGAGAACUGAACGUCGGUCGCUUAAAUUACCGAUAUCGAUAAUUGUGUUAAUUAUGUGAGCCUAGUUCAAGAGCCAAGGUUAGUUACAAGGCGAGCGAAUCUAAAUUAUCGGUACGCCUCAGAUUGUUACCGUUGGUUUGCAUAAUUCUUGAAAUUAUAUUACACUGCUAAGUAUACGUCAAUAUUAAAAAAUGUCCUCUAUUCUUUUUUAAUUAUUCAUCGCAUUUUUUUCUCGUUUUCAGAGAAAGCUUUAGGCAAAUUCUUCUGAAGGGAACAAUCACUUGUGAAUCAUGCAAAAGCUAAAUUCUCCAAUUAGUACGUAACAUUUUUUUAAAUCACUGUAAUCACGAGACACGGUAGAGUCUCGCGCCAAGUGUGUAUUUCGUGAGGGAAUAAUUGAUUUGUCGGUGAAGUCGAUACGCCGAUGAAUCGACCCGAACAAGAUGGCAAAUUAAGCAAAUUUUUUGAUCGCUUUUCUCCGACCUGCUUUACUUAUCUAAAUGUACGAUGUAAAUAUAAAAAUUGAUAUAAAAUGUGUAUAAACGAGUUUGUAUGUCUUUCGCGUACUGUCCACGAAUAGUACGUAAUUUUAAUGAAAUCAUACAGUACACAACGCAAAUAUAAACAUCACAAUAUUUGCAUUUUGUCUCUAUUUCGUAACAAAAAUUUUGUAAAAUCAGAUAAUGCAACAUCAAGAUAAUAUUUUAUAACGGUACGUUCUUAACUUUCAAUAUUAAAACUUGAGCUUUGGAAGUUCUAACAGCAAUGCAGAGAAGUGAUCGUUUGCGGAUGCCGAUCGUCACGGAAAUACCGAUUGACAUUUUCGUAAUCUAUUUUCCGAAAGGACCGCGCAAUUUUCUUCAAGUUUUAUCUUUUAGAUAAUUAAAACUAACUUUUAAUUUGUGAGUUAGCCCAAAAAUUGUAAUCUGGACUUUCUAACAAAUAAUGUAACCAUAACUGCACGCUUUUCGUGUAAUAUACGUAUGAUAAUUACAGAAUAAAAAUAUCCGUAAAAGCAAUAAAAUUACCAAGCACGUGCAGGCUCGUGUAUGCAAACACACACAAUAGUUUACUGAACUCGGCUAGUUAACAAUUAUAAUAGCUGACUUAGAUUAUACUUUGUUAUAGAUGUGGAGGCAUUAAAUCCACGUGUACAAAUAUUAGCAACAAAAUCAAUAUCGUGAACUCUAUAAAUGUUCAUCGAAUAACGGUGCGACACGAGGCGCAAAUGGCGCGUUAGAUUAAUUCGCGUCGCCGCAUAUCAAUAGUAUUGUGAAUUCUGUCGCGGAAAUACUCGGCGAUAAAGUAAUCGCGCCGUUCGAGCGGCGCGUGGGCAAUCGAAUUCUAUUCGCCGAACGAGCGCAUUACGGCGUGGUUCGAGAUUUUCGCCGGAGAACGAUCGCGACAUCCAACUGACACCCGUGACGGAAGAUCGAAGUCAAAUGCGCCGGCGCACGUAAUUUUGAUAACAAGUUUCCCGAAAGGAAACUCACGCCAGGAAGGUUCGAAUUGAUUAUUCAUUAUUUUACCAUUCGAAUUUAUUUCUAUUAAAUUAAUCGAACGACAAAGGCUUUUAUAGCUACCGAAAAAGACUAUUUUAACUGUGAAUUUAUUAUGAAAUCUACCAUCGCAAUAAACUGUUAAAAUAAUACGUGCGCAGCAUAUGGUGUUGCUGCAUUUUAACUUCUGGCAAUACUUUUUACCAUGGGGUGAGAGGGGAGAGAGAGAGAGAGAGAGAGAGAGAGAGAGAGAGAAGCUGUUAUUUUCAUCGAUCUGAUCAAUGAAGUGAAAUGCUUUUCCGUCAUGCUCGCUUAUCAGAAAGUAAGCGAGAAAAAUGACAUCGAAAAAUCGAAAAAAAAAAACUCUUACACAUGUAUUUAUUUCGUAUAAAACAGUAAAAGAUCGUGACGACUUCGUUGAGAGGAAGGGUGUGCCGUUAAAACUAAAUAUAUUCAACUAAUGCUAAAUUAACGCUACGCUAAUUGUGCAAUGUUUAUUCCCACUUUGCGCUUACAUUUACGAGAGCUGUCCGUUUUCACUUUCAGACGGCGCUCGAAUCGCAACGGAAUACCGCAGCUGCGGAAUAUCGCGUAUAAGGGAUAAAUUUACUUUCCGGCGGGUUCUCCGCAGCAUUAAACCUGGCCUUCGCGGAAAUAUCGACGUCCUUGAACUUAAUUGCGAUGUAACUAAAGCGCGCGCGAUCGAUCGAAUUCAAUCGAAACUCAGCUCGGCCGGCUGGUAAUCUGAACUUCGCUAUGUGUUCCGAGUAAAUUUCUGUGAUAGCUACACAGCCGUCGCUGUAAUUCGUUUCAACGAUACUCGCGAGGGAGGCACGGAAUGCACGAUACCUAGCUACUUAAGAACACGUCGUAAUUUCGUUCACUUUUAGCCGAACAAAAAUUCCAGCCUCUUUCUGCCGUUCUAAAUUAUACCGAGAAGAAUAUUCAAAUGCCUCGUCUGUCUCGGCUGCUUUUACCACGAGGAAUUUGUAUUAUCCAUGUGUUUCUAUGCUAAUAUAACUCCUUUUACAUACGGAGUACAGGUGUACCGCAAAACGUUUCCCGAUCACGUCUGAACACAGUCGCAGAUUAAAAAAUGUAAAUAUAAUAAUAACUACAAAAAUAUGUUGAUUUCAAAACGAAACUGAUAUCACAGCAAUACUGUCUGAAGUUCUCGGAGUGAAAUUAUCGCCGUUAAGGGGAAUAUUCACUCUGUUGGAGUGAAUAUUUACUCCAUAGACAUAGUAAAUAUAGA